GGACGACAGAUUUCCAGCUUCUACGACGCUCUGCCUAAAUUAAAAAGCAACCAAUCGGAACGGCCGGAAGGGGGGCCGCGCGUCCUGAGCCAGUCAUUCCGGGCCUGCCAAUCACCCAGCGGGUAGCCAAUCAGCGGGGGCCCUGGUGCUCGACUUCCUUGUAUUUGGGAAAGUGUGGUGGUGGGUGCGCGCUCGCGGCGGAGGGUAAACAUUCGACAGUCCCUGCUCUGAGAGGGAGGGACAGAGAGCGAACUGUCAGAUCCCUGCGAGAGCGGGCGGGCGAGCGAGGGAGAGGGAGUGAGAGAGAGAGGGAGGGAGAGGGAAAGUGAGAGAGGGAGAGAGAGCGCGAACGAGGGCGCAGAGCGAGCUCCCGCUGCAACUCCGCUCCGGCUCGGCCAGCGCCAGCGCCGUCGGUGCACUCUACGAGCCGUGCAACGUGCCCACUGGAGUUGGUUGUGUAUCAAGGAUCCCCUAUAUGCACACACACACCUCCACCUCCACCAAUGCACUCUUCUUCCUCCUCCUCCUCCAGACAACUGCUGGGAAAAAAAUAAAACACCAACCCCAACCGUCAGCAACAAGGAAAGAUGUCGCAUCAGACUGUGACUGUUGCGAGGAGAAUGAAAAAGGACUCUUGUUUCAGAGGCAACCAAGAGCUCCGGCAAUAGCAACUUCAGAGAAAUGCACCAUCGCAAGAAGUUUUCCUAGGACAGAACAAAACUUGAAACGAAAGGACCAGAGGAGGAGAGCAGGAGCCAGCCUCUCCUCUCCGCACACGCGAGCAGCCAGCAUCACCACGCCUUCAAGGACGGAAAAAAAGUUUUACUACUCUAAGGGAAAACGAGUGAAAUGUGUUCCUGAGGAGGAGAGAAGAGAGCGGGCAAGGGAAGCAGCGGUCCGGUUGCUGGUCACCCACAAUUUGGUUCAGGAAGAAAGGAACGGCUGCUUUCUUUGUUGUCUCCCGUGAAAUCUUCACUUAGCAGGUGGACUGAGCCCCGCGCCCGGGCAGAGUCCGCGCUCGGCGGAGGACGGCAAGAGGAGCGGGAGCCGGCGCGCCCCGCCAAAGAGCCCGGAGCGCAGGCCCGCGCCCUGCCCGGUGAGCCCCGCUGGAGCGAGCGGAACGCGCCGGGGCUGGGGGGCGGCCACGACCCCCCCUGAAGGGGGCGGCCACGGAGCGCGCCCCGAGAAGCGAGCCCCGCUCCCUAGAGCGCUGCUCCUGCUGCUCCUGCUGCUGCUGCUGCUGCUGACCAAGGCCGGCCGGCGACCCCCGCGCCCUGCCGAGCGGCCUUGCAGCUGCAGCCGGGGGCCGCGGCGGCGGCGGCGGCGGCGGCGGCGGGGGCGGAGGCGGCGGAGGAGGAGGCGGCGGCGAAGGCGGCGGGGCCGGCCGGGGCCCGGGGCGGGGGCGGGGGAGGAGGGGGGGGAGGAGGCGGGAGGCGGGGGGGCGCGGCGGCGGCGGCGGCGGCGGCCGCGGCUGCUGCUGCUGCGGCGGCGGCGGUGGUGGCGGCGGUGGGGUGGCGGGAGCGGAGCGGCAUGGCCACGGCGGCUUCUAACCCCUACCUGCCGGGGAACAGCCUGCUGGCGGCCGGCUCCAUUGUACACUCGGACGCGGCGGGAGCCGGCGGCGGCGGGGGCGGCGGCGGCGGGGGCGGCGGCGGCGGCGCGGGCGGCGGCGGGGGCGGCAUGCAGCCCGGCAGCGCCGCCGUGACCUCAGGCGCCUACCGAGGGGACCCGUCCUCCGUCAAGAUGGUCCAGAGCGACUUCAUGCAGGGGGCCAUGGCCGCCAGCAACGGCGGCCAUAUGCUAAGCCACGCGCAUCAGUGGGUCACGGCCCUACCCCACGCCGCCGCCGCCGCCGCCGCCGCUGCCGCCGCCGCCGUGGAGGCCAGCUCGCCGUGGUCCGGCAGCGCCGUGGGCAUGGCCGGCAGCCCCCAGCAACCGCCGCAGCCGCCGCCGCCGCCGCCGCCGCAGGGCCCCGACGUGAAGGGCGGCUCCGGUCGCGACGACCUGCACGCGGGCACCGCGCUGCACCACCGCGGGCCGCCGCACCUCGGGCCCCCGCCGCCGCCCCCGCACCAGGGCCACCCAGGGGGCUGGGGGGCCGCCGCCGCCGCAGCCGCCGCCGCCGCCGCCGCCGCAGCCGCCGCACACCUCCCGUCCAUGGCCGGGGGCCAGCAGCCGCCGCCGCAGAGUCUGCUCUACUCGCAGCCCGGGGGCUUCACGGUGAACGGCAUGCUGAGCGCGCCCCCGGGCCCGGGUGGCGGCGGCGGCGGCGCGGGCGGCGGCGCCCAGAGCCUGGUGCACCCGGGGCUGGUGCGCGGGGACACGCCCGAGCUGGCCGAGCACCACCACCACCACCACCACCACGGGCACCCGCACCCGCCGCACCCGCACCACGCGCAGGGGCCUCCGCACCACGGCGGCGGCGGCGCGGGGCCCGGGCUCAACAGUCACGACCCGCACUCGGACGAGGACACACCGACGUCGGACGACCUGGAGCAGUUCGCCAAGCAGUUCAAGCAGCGGCGCAUUAAACUCGGCUUCACGCAGGCCGACGUGGGGCUGGCUCUGGGCACGCUGUACGGCAACGUGUUCUCGCAAACCACCAUCUGCCGCUUCGAGGCCCUGCAGCUGAGCUUCAAGAACAUGUGCAAGCUCAAGCCGCUGCUGAACAAGUGGCUGGAGGAGGCGGACUCGAGCACUGGCAGCCCCACGAGCAUCGACAAGAUCGCGGCGCAGGGCCGCAAGCGCAAGAAGCGGACCUCCAUAGAGGUGAGCGUCAAGGGCGCGCUCGAGAGCCACUUCCUCAAGUGCCCCAAGCCCUCCGCGCAGGAGAUCACCAACCUGGCCGACAGCCUGCAGCUGGAGAAGGAGGUGGUGCGGGUCUGGUUCUGCAACCGGCGCCAAAAGGAGAAGCGCAUGACGCCGCCCGGGAUCCAACAGCAGACGCCCGACGACGUCUACUCGCAGGUGGGCACCGUGAGCGCCGACACGCCGCCGCCGCACCACGGACUGCAGACGAGCGUGCAGUGAAGGCAAGGGGCGCAGCUCGAAGAGGGCCGCCGCCGCCGCCGCCGCCUCCGCAGCCUCCGCAGCCGCUGUCAGCAUCGCCGCCAACCCCCGCCGCCGCCGCCGCCGCCGCCGCCGCCGCCGCGCCGACCCGCACCGGGGCCGCACCGGGCCCAGGCCAGUCCGCCGCCCUCCCCUCCGCCCAAAGACAAACAUGCCCGCCCUUGGAGGAGAGAGAGAGAGAGAGAGAGAGAGAGAGAGAGAGAGAGAGAGAGAGAGAGAGACGGACCAAGAAGACAUUUCUGAAGUCCAAGGAAGGAGGGGCAAAACACAAAACAAAAGCGUAACAAAUACCCAGACUGUUUUAUAUACGUAUAUAUAACAAACAAAACCGGAAGAGAAAAAGGAGGCGAUCAUGAGAUCUCGUUUAUACUGUGGUGGUGUUUCCUUUUUGUUUUUCUGUUUUCUUUUUAAAGAAGGGUGAAGAUGCCUAGCGCACCAAAACUGCACUCGUGAGGUUUUCCCCACCCUAGGAAGUCCUACAUGGCAACAGUGGACAGCACCUAGCACCUGCCUCGUCCUCGCCUCUUAAAAAAAAAAAAAAAAAAAAAAAAAAAAGCAGCUUCCCCCCCCCCCCGCCCCCGCUCUCCUUUUCACUCCCCCCAUCCAAAGGGCUGACUAAAGUGAUCUACCGAAACUUUCUUUCCUGGGAGCGACGUGCAAGAAAGCAGAGGCACCCUUUUUUAGUUGGCCAUGUUAAAGUCAUUUGGGGACAAAUGGACUAUGAAAUAGGAAGGAGAAAACAAAGAACAGUCUUCAGGAAAAAAAAAAAGAAAGCAAGCAAGAAAGAAAAUAUUCACAGCUUUUGAAAUUAACAGACUGAAUAGCAAAGCCAAAAGAAAAAGUCUUCUCAAAGUAACCUUGGAAAUAAAGCAUCACGAAAGAGCAGAGGGAUGGGCGAGGGAGAAGGGGACGGCUACCCAGGAGUGGGGGAGGCCAGGCCGAGUCGGGCAGGGCGGGUGGACUGGGCUAGGAGCAAGGCCCCGCCACCAGCCCCGGCUUUAACGGCGGGCACUCGGGUGGAUGAGGCCUAAAGAUUCCACCGCGAAUAUUUUUUUUAUUAAUAUUUUUAUUUUUUAUUUCUGGACUGACUCAGAUAAAGAGAUUUAGAAGGACUGAGCACCAGCCGCUGCACUCCUCUGGACUUCUCUCCUCAAUCCGUUGCCAACUUUGAUUGAAUGGGUGCUGUGGAUGUGAUUAUAUAAUACUGCCAUUUCCAAGCAGUGUUUUUGGUAGGUUUUAAUAAACAGACUUUUCAAAAGACGGCAAUAUAGAAUUGUUAGAUCCGUUGUUGAUCUAAAAAUAUUUGCUUUAUAUUUUCAUUAAAUGACUUCUUUUAAUAUUUUAUUCAGAAUACUUAUGAACUGCUGCAAAACGGUAAUUUAUUUUUCCCCAGAUCUUGUAUUACGUGUUUUUUUCAGACGAGCACAAAUCAAAAUGAAAUGAAAAUAUGGACAGUUGCUAGGUAGUAAGGGUAUCUUUUGAUGUGAUCAUUUGAUUGUAAUUUAAUUUGAGUAGUGAUUCCGUAAGAGCUGAUCGAGAAAAUAAAUUUGUUAGAAUGAAA